AAAAUAAGAGGAGAAAAAACAUAGAGAAAGAAAAGAAUAAGAAUAAAUCUACAUACGUUCGUGGGCGGUGAGUGAUUGUGUGAUCGUCGUUGGCCAGUUUCCAUUGGAAGUCAUGCGAGAUACCAGCGAUAUGACGGAGGACGCCCUGUCAGAGGACACUAUGAUGGAUUGCGGAGGGGAUGGCGGCGGAGCUCUCGAAGAUUUUGUUGAAUUGGCAACCAACAUUGCUGAUUCCUCGCGAACCAUACGAGAUGCUGCCGAGAGAUUACUGACGUUAUUGGGUGUAGACGACGAAAACGAAGAUCUUUUAUCCUCAUCUGAAGACGAGGGUGUCGAAGUAGACGUUGAAGAUGAAGAGGACGACGAUCGGCCAGAAAAUACGAGGUUACUUCAUCAAUUGGCAGCCUCGUUGGCACAAGAAUUGAAAUAUUCACAACAGAAACACGAUCCAGGUCCUACAAGGAUAUUAACUCAAGGACGAGGAGUACCAUUCGACGAUAGGGAUCAAACGAUGGAAAUAGUGCAAGAUACUAGUUACCUUGGACCAAAUCGUUUUCGAAAUCAGAUUGAUUUAAAAACGCUAGACAGUCAAUUUAAUGGUGAUCCUUUUAAUAAUGCUCAGGAACAAUUCGUUCCUACUAGAAGAUACUCAUUGGGUUAUUCUUUUCAAGGCCAUUCGAAUGAGCUCAAUGUAUUUGAAUCUAAAGAAAGUUUGAAAAGAUCUAAUCGUCAUCAUUAUCGUCAUCACCAUCAUCAUCAUCAUCACCAUCAUCAUCGUCGAUCGAAAAUUAACGAAGAUGAAGAAGAAGAAGAUGAAGAAGAAGAUGAUGAUGAUGAUGAUGAUGAUGAUGAUGAGGAAGAAGAAGAAGAAAAGAAGAAGAAAGAGAGAUCGAUGAUACUUCAUCGAGAUUACGUUCCUGAAUCAUGGGGUUCCGGAUGGGAUGCCUGUGCCACGGAAGCUCUGAGAUAUCUCGUGGAAGACGAAGGACUACCGGCUCAUCACCCAACCGUCCUGGCGAUGAAAAAUCAUCUAGAGAUUCAGAGAGGACGGGUAUUCGCGCAGUACACAGCAUAAACGAGUUUAACGAGUUGCAAAGGAAUCGUCAUCCCGAUUCACAUUUACCGUGAAGCAGUUAUAUUGUGAUAAUCGUGCGCGAAUCCGUGAUCGAUGAUACCGACGAUAAGAAGGUUUUAUUUAUUUUUUUUUGACUUCUUCUUAAUGACGACAUCACGUCCUAUCUAUCGUCUUUGCUGCAUUUUGUAUCGUGUAUGCAAUGCAAUGCAAUGCAGUUUUCAUCGUCAACUCAAAAUGGAAUACGCUUAUAAAUCGGCCCUGUCGGAUGAAUGGAUCAACGCGCGGACAGGAGCUGCUAAAUACGCUUUUGAUAAAACGAAGGUUAGAAGAUGAGUUGUUUUUUUUUGUAAAUCCUUUGGCGUAUUUUAAUUAUUAAGAGAAUAUCAUUUGUUUGUUGUUUCUUCUUCGAAUAAUUGGAUGUGACGCUAAAGUUAUGUAUGGAUUAGGGAUCCUAUAGGAGGGAUGCGCCAUGUACAUUGCUGGGAGACCGGAACUCGAUUUUGCACGCGAAUGAUUCAA